GCUGACGUCACAUGGGUCCUUUAAUUCAAAACAACAUGGCAGCCUUCUUCAAGAGUCGGCACCGUUGGAAAAGGACUAGUUGUUUUACUAUUCUAACAAGAAAUCUGACAGGGAAAUAUGAUUAUGACUUGGUCGUUAUUGGAGGAGGCUCAGGCGGUCUGGCGUGUUCCAAGGAAGCGGCCCAGUUGGGGCAGAAGGUUGCUGUGUUAGAUUAUGUGGAGCCAUCUGCUAAAGGUACCAAGUGGGGUCUUGGUGGGACGUGUGUUAACGUUGGCUGCAUCCCCAAGAAGCUCAUGCACCAGGCUGCACUGCUUGGCACCGCGGUUAAAGAUGCCAGAAAGUAUGGCUGGAAGAUCAAGGAUCCAGUGUCCCACGAUUGGGAAACCAUGGCAGAGGCGGUCCAGAACCACGUCAGGUCUCUCAACUGGGGCCACCGGGUCCAGCUCAAGGACAAGAAGGUGAAGUACCUCAAUUUGAAGGGAAGCCUGCUAGAUGAACACACAGUCAGAGGGAUGACCAAAUCUGGGAAGGAGUCCUUCUUGACUGCCAAGAACAUUGUGAUUGCCACCGGAGGGCGUCCCAAAUACCCCACAGACAUCCCAGGAGCCAUGGAGCACGGCAUUACCAGUGAUGACAUCUUUUGGCUGAAAGAGGCACCUGGAAAAACACUCGUGGUCGGAGCCAGUUAUGUGGCUCUAGAGUGUGCAGGGUUCCUGACGGGCAUCGGCCAGGACACCAAAGUCAUGGUGCGCAGCAUUGCCCUCCGUGGGUUUGAUCAGCAAAUGGCGGGGCUGGUGACGGACCACAUGCAGGCGUAUGGGACCAGGUUCGCCUGGGGCUGCGUUCCCCAGAGGGUGGACAAGCUGCCCUCAGGGGCGCUGCAGGUGACCUGGGCCGACACGCGGACGGGCAAGGAGGAGACGGACUCCUUUGACUCGGUGCUGUGGGCCGUGGGCCGAGCACCAGAGGCCAAGGCACUGGGCCUGGACAAGGUGGGGGUGGAGGUCAACCGGGAGACGGGGAAGAUUGUGGUGGGAGCUGAUGAAUCCACCUCUGUGUCCAACAUCUACGCCUUCGGAGACAUUGGCGAGGGUCGGCCUGAAUUGACUCCGACAGCAGUUAAAGCGGGCAGACUGCUUGCCCGCAGGCUAGCUGGCCAAAGCACCCAGCUCAUGGACUAUGACAAUGUGGCGACCACAGUGUUUACUCCUCUGGAGUACAGCUGUGUGGGUCUGUCUGAGGAGGAAGCUGUGGGCAGACACGGGCAGGACGCCAUUGAGGUCUACCAUGCGUUCUACAAGCCUCUGGAGUUCACGGUUGCAGAGAGAGAUGCCAGCCAGUGUUACAUCAAGGUGGUGUGUGAGCGGGGAGGAGAGCAGAGGAUUCUGGGACUGCACUACACAGGUCCCAACGCUGGAGAGGUGAUGCAGGGCUUCUCAUUGGCCCUACGGUGUGGCGCCACCCUCUCCCACCUUAAGGAGACGGUAGGGAUCCACCCGACCUGUGCCGAGGAGCUGACCAAGGUCAGCAUCACCAAGCGCUCCGGCCUGGACGCCACCGUCACCGGCUGCUGAGGUUAAGCUCCCCUGGUCCCUGAACACCACCGAGCACACGGGGUCCCCCACUCUAUAGCAAGGGUUUAGGACGAAUGGUUGUUGGUGAUGCAGGCUGCAUGCCUGCAGUCUCUCUCUCUCUUGGCAGGGUUCAUGGUGGUAGCCUCUCAAAAGGAGAUAACCUGUAGGCUCUCGGUUAAGUAAAUCCCUCAUUUUCUAGCUCGCUCGCCUCCACUCGCUCGCCCGAGAGUUCUCGUAUGAAUCUUUCAUCCAGGACACCAGAAUGGCCUCCUCUAGUGUCCAGGAUUUUCUUCACAUAUGUCUCCCCCUCCACCGUGUAGUACGGCCUGGUCCUCAUCUUCAGCGGGGUUCGGUGGCUGAUAUCGGCGACGCCUGGGCGCUUCGUCGAUGAGGAAGCCCAGGUUAGUGUCGGGGAGGCCGUCACGUGAACGAAACAGGAUGAUUAUCCUAAUUCCAUGCCCCCCGUGCGAGUUUGCGUACGCUCUCGCUCUGAAGGCAAAGUGUUAUGGAUCCCCCAGUUAGCAAAGGCCCGACUGCAGAGCGGGAGCCCGUUAGAUAAACAGCCUCAUAAAUCAGGAUUAUGGGCCCCUCCUUCCAGACUGCUUGUUUUUCCUAUUAUGAUCGUUUUUUUUUCCGUCUUAACGAGAACUGUGGAGAUACCUUGGGUUUUUGUUUCUUUUCGCGCAUUUUUCUUUCUUUUCUGAAUAUAUAUAUAUAUCUAUAUAUAUAUAGAUGUAUAUAUUCCGUAAAUAUUGUCUUUUCUCUGUCUGUACUUCGUGUCCAUUAGUCUUGAAGGUGACACAUGCCUUGCUACCCCUCCACCCCUCCCCCCCCCACCUCCACACCCCCACCACCAACCCUCCACCUCCCCAUCCCCACCACCAACCCUCCACCUCCACACCCCCCACCACCAACUCCCUCCAGCCCCUAACCCUCCACCCCUGACACUGAUGGAUGGCCCCGGGGCCUUCACCAACGUGACCCUCCCAAUUUCCCAGGGACACACACAAACAGUGGACGGCCCGCCUGUCCGUCAGCCUCACAGACCCCGGCCAGAGCGCCAGGCUUGUUUUUGAGGGUCUUCGGCCCCCCCGGCCCUCAGAAUAUCCCAAUGCACCAACUAGUGCAGCACGCCUACUGUGUGUGUGUGUGUGUGUGUGUGUGUGUGUGUGUGUGUGUGUGUGUGUGUGUGUGUGUGUGGACAGCUCUAUCCCUUCUGUUACAAAUCAUCAGUGCCGCGCUAUUGUAGGCUGUAGUACUCAAAUUCACCCGACAGUGGCACUGUUGUCUUCUAAUUCUCACACUUUACUCCAGGGCAGGGGAUGAAACAUAAGCUUGCACACAUUCAGCGUUGAAAUGCAGCACACACACACACACACACACACACACACACACACACACACACACACACACACACACACACACACACACACACACACACACACACACACACACACACAGGCAUAAACACACACCAACCCACACACACAGAGGCAUAGACACACACACACACAGAGGCAUAGACACACAAACCCACACACACACACAGAGGCAUAGACACACACAAACCCACGCACACACACCUUUAAUCCUUAUUAAAAAGAGAUGUGCUUUUGGGCCUGGAGGUGGAACGCAGGGUGCUAGAGUGGAUGCCAAACUGAUAAGAGGUUAUCUGUUGUGUAUUUACACGGAUGGAAGGUCAGCCGCUCACAGGGCUAUCACCUGUGACUCUAAACAAACACACACACACACACACACCACAUGCACGCAUGAGCACAUACACAAACACACACACACACACACACACACACACACACACACACACACACACACAGAAAGUAGUUUUUUUGUGAAUAAAGCAGCAAUAGGCAACUCUACCACUUGCUGCCGCCAUAACCAUAACACCCACAGCACUAUGUUAAGCAGAACGGGGUAAGCAGCCCUGUGAGGGAGAGUCACUAUGGAGAUGGAGAAGGGUUACGAGACGGAGGCCGGUGGGCUGAGUUUAUUUGUGUUUGAAGUCUAAUCUCCCCUCCUUCACAUCCCGGCCCCCCCACCCUGAUUAAUGAUCCCGAUGAAGGCAGUGUGACAGUGUGCCAGGAGAUGGCAAGAAGACAGCAGAACCAGGAGGUGGGGGACGAGAGACAGCUAGAGAGAGAGAGGGACAGCGAGGGAGACGGAGAGGGAGUUACCAGGUUUAUUUGGACCUCCAGUUGAGGGCGAUUCCGAAGAAGACAGAGAGCGAGAGAAAGAGAGCAGGGAUGCAGCCCUGUGUUAGAGGAUAGAGGGGCGGGUGGGUGUGGGGAGAUGAUGUGUGCACGGUGUUCAGGGCCAGGGUGCUGACGGAGGAACCCUGACCUCCACUCGCCAGAAACAGCUUGACUCCAUCACCCAGAGCACAGAGGGCUCCUCGCCCGCUCUGCACGCCACUGCCGCACACCGCUGUGUGUGUGUGUGUGUGUGUGUGUGUGUGUGUGUGUGUGUGUGUGUGUGUGUGUGUGUGUGUGUGUGUCUCUGUGUGUUUUCCCGAGGUAAUGGAGUCAUCGAAUGGCUGCUCCUAAUGAAGCUCUUCGGAGGCCCGGCGCCGGCGAUGGGAAGUCAUUCAGGCGAUCGAUGUAACAGUAAUGUCUGUUUGCUUUUUGGCUCUCCUGUUUCCUUUUUGGAGCCACCACUGUUCGUUAUUGUUAUUCAGACAGACAGACUGACAGAAGGGCAACGAAGAGGAAAGAUACAGAAAGAGUCGAGCAACUCGGCAUCGUCGUGGGAAACGUCAAAGUAGUUUUUACGGUGGUGGAGCAAAUGGCGUCAGUCAAGCGAGAUGGCCUGGCCGGUAGGGCGGGGUCAGGGUUCAACUUUCAGGUGGACCAGUUUAUGAAGACUUGCACUAAAACCCUGAACUAGGGGUGGUGUGAGUCCGAUGUCACCUGGUCACAAAUUCCCUGAUCUGUAAAUAUAUAGCCAUUAUUAUAUUUUCUCAAAAUGUCUGAGAAGCAUAAUUUAUAUUUAUUCAGGUUAUUUAUAAGGAUGUCUCGAAUAAAUUUGUCCAAUCAUGA